ACCUUCCCCAUUUCCUCAAGCUACCUUUGCGCAAGAGCCCUCGGUUCGUCAUUGCCUUCUUUCAGCUAAGUCCUCGCUCCAUUCUUUUAUCGCAUUCAGGUCCUCGGUAGUCUCUUUUCCUUCCUGAGGAACUCUUGCACACAGCCCCCUCAGGUUACUCGAAUUCUAGUUUGCCGGUCCCCGUUGUGUAGAUCCAGGGAACCCAGCCGCCGUCCCCAUGUUUACCUACCCGUUCCUCUGACGGACGCCGUCCUCCGAUGAAGCUGAACGUGCUCCGCCGCCGUCGCUCCCACUCAUUCUCCGUCGCCUUCCUCUACUGGUUCUACGUCUUCUCAUGAACUCAUCGCCCUCUCCCAAGAGCACCACCUUCUCAUCCGGUCUCUAGGUUGUUAGAUCUCUCGUAGUUUCUUGUCUUCUUUGAUUCUUUCUUUUUUUUCCUCCCGAAAAAAGCCCGUUUCUUGGACCGAGUCUGUUCAAGAAGAUCGAUCCAACCAUGUCUUCGCGCCGGAGCUCGAGCCCGGAGAGCAACACCGACGGCAGCGGCGGCGGGUUCCCCGCCGACGAGCGCAAGCGCAAGAGGAUGCUGUCGAACAGGGAGUCCGCGCGCCGGUCCCGCGCGCGGAAGCAGCAGCGGCUGGAGGAGUUGGUCGCCGAGGUGGCCCGCCUCCAGGCCGAGAACGCGCAGGUGCAGGCGCGGAUCUCCACCUUCGACCGCGAGUUGAGCAAGGUGGACGGCGAGAACGCCGUGCUGCGCGCCCGCCACGGCGAGCUGUCCGGAUGGCUGGAGGUGCUCCAGAUGGCUGGCGCCCCCGUGGACAUCCCGGAGGUCUCCGACCCACUGCUCCGCCCCUGGCAGCCGUCGUUCCAGCUGCAGCCCAUCGCCGCUGACGCGUUCCAGUUCUGAGCCAGCGGCACCGCCAUGGUCAUCUGCUGCUUACUACUACUAAGAUCACUAGUACUGUUCUACGAUCCCUGUGACUAUGAUCUAGACCAUUAAUAAAAUUAGAGUGUGAUUGUAAUCUUAUCAUGUACUCCAUUAAAAUGUGUUCUCCUGGAGCAAAAAGGGUGUGGAUGUGUAUGAGAUGGGAGCACAUGGAUUCUGGUUGUAAUAUCUUGACAUGGAUCCAAUAAUAUAUGCUUGCAUUUCUACUUAAA